GGAACCGAUUCGUUCAUGAACCGGGCAUCGCUUGGACCGACGUGUCGCUCAGGUUGGGAACGGACGGUUCACGGUUCUCGGCAUGGGGGGCGCACAGAGCGUAGAGAUCCCCGGUGGGGGCUCGGAGGGCUAUCACGUACUCCGGGUACAAGAGAACUCCCCCGGACAUCGGGCGGGACUAGAGCCUUUCUUUGAUUUCAUUGUAUCCAUCAAUAACACCAGACUGAACAAGGACAAUGACACACUGAAAGACCUGUUGAAGGCUAACGUGGAAAAGCCGGUGAAGAUGCUGGUGUAUAGCAGUAAGACCCUUGAGCUGAGGGAGUCUACAGUUACCCCAAGCAACAUGUGGGGUGGCCAGGGCCUUCUUGGGGUCAGCAUCCGUUUCUGCAGCUUUGAAGGGGCUAAUGAGAAUGUUUGGCAUGUUUUGGAGGUUGAGUCGAAUUCUCCAGCCGCUCUUGCAGGACUGAGGCCGUUCACAGACUACAUCAUCGGAGCAGACACAGUUAUGAAUGAGUCAGAGGACUUGUUCUCGUUGAUAGAAACCCAUGAAGGCAAAGGACUUAAGCUCUACGUUUACAACACAGACACUGACAGCUGCAGAGAAGUGGUUAUAACUCCCAAUAGCGCCUGGGGAGGAGAGGGCAGUCUGGGCUGUGGUAUUGGUUAUGGUUACCUGCAUAGGAUUCCCACACGACCCUUUGAGGAGGGAAAGAAGAUAAGCUUUCCUGGACACACUCCCAGUGAACCAUUCAGCCCACUGAAGGACGGCUUCACUGAGGUUCAGCUUUCUGCAGUAACACCGUCUCCGGUCUCACAGACUGCACCAACUGGACUAGAAGAUGGCCUCUCUGGCCUGUCCCUCAGCUCUGCCCCUACAUCUAUACCUACUGAACUACACACAGGUGUGCCCACGGUUCCCCUACUUCCCACUCAGGUCAAUCCGGCCCUGGGUCCUUUACCUUCAGUCAACCCCACCACUACGCUACCAGGGAUAAUGCCAUUACCCGCUGGCCUUCCUCCGCUGCCCAACCUUCCCAAUCUCCCCAACCUCAACAUCCCCUUACCAGACCUCAGUGCUGUAUCAUUGGCAGGCAUCAGUGGUCUGCCUCCCUCCACUACAGGUUUGCCGUCCCUUGCCCCCCUCGCCCCCCUCCCGCCUCUGAACCUGCCUGGCUUGGCCCCUCUGUCCAUGCCCGGAGUUCUGCCCUCCACGUUAUCCACAAUGCCUGGAGUCUCUCUACCUUCUGACCUCAUCCCACCUAUUGCCCCGACAGUCGCCUCCCUGACAGCCAACCAAACCCCAGCGCUGAUCCUGGAUGCCACUCCCGCCGUCAUUGACACGCCCACUGAGACGCUUCUUGCCACAGAGAGGACCUCGCAGAACACAACAGAAGCUACACCAGAGUCAUCAUAACAGCCAGGCAUUUCAGCUGCAUCCUGAAAAAGCAUCUCUCUCUUUCUCGCUCUCUUUCUCUCUCUUUCUAUAUAUAUAAAUCUCUCUCUCUCUCUCUCUCUCUCUCUUUCUUUCUGUAUAUUUCUGUCCCUCUCCCUUGUCUCUCUCAAAUGUAUUUAUUCAGUCUAAAAACGAAAAAAGAUCCAGUGGGUAGAAACAUAUAAAUCGCACACAACUGCUGAGAGGCUGCUCCUGAGUUCAGAGAGCUGGCUCACGAGGAGGACGAGGAUGGACAGACUGUUGAAUGCUGUAAAAGAGUGGAGUUUUUUUUUCUUUCUUUCUUAAUUAUUUUGCAUUGCUUUUCUUCUCCAUCCAUUGCUUACUUUCUGCACUCCCUCUCUAUCCCACCUUUUCUAUUGUCGAAAUCAGUCUGGAUGUGUUAGUGAUUUAAUUUCGUUCUAUGUUGUUUCUGUUGAUGUACUGAUUGUAUCUGAUGCUUCUGUUCUUCCACACCUCCUGCCCCCCUCACUGCACAUUUCUUCUUACUUCCUCUAACACACCUCUGUAUGAAGGAUGAGUGGGCUUUGUGUGUGUGUGUGUGUGCGCAUGCAUGCAUCUAUCCAUCCUCUCCUUCUCUCAGUGAGACCUCUCUGCCUAUUUACUGAAACACAGACGCACACACACACACACCCGCACCUGCUGUAGAGCUGGGAGGGGAAACUAUGGGGAAAGUUGGGAGCUUGUGCUAGUUUAAGGUUGUAAAAAACACACAAGCAAUAAAGUACAUGAGGUUUUACAGUAA